AUGGCGGCGAACAUGAGUAAUCUGUCGGGAGCAAUGUGUCUGCAGGCGGCCGAGAAUCUUCUGGAAGAUCCAGGAGUGCUUCAAGUUGCUGACACAGGUGACGAUGCAGAGACAACAAUUUCCAUGAUAAAAAGUUUGCCAAGCAAAUUGGAAGAACCAAACAAAGGUCAAAUGGCGGCGAACAUGAGUAAUCUGUCGGGAGCAAUGUGUCUGCAGGCGGCCGAGAAUCUUCUGGAAGAUCCAGAAGUGCUUCAAGUUGCUGACACAGGUGAUGAUGCAGAGACAACAAUUUCCAUGGUAAAAAGUUUGCCAAGAAUGCAGAAUCUGCUGGCAUCGGCCGAUGAAGACCAGGUGCUCCAUUUGGUAAACACACUGGAGUCCGGUCACGACUCAGAACGUUUGCCAGACCAAUUGUUGGCUGAACCUCCAUCAAAUACGGUUGUGUCUUCAAACACGGUCAACCUGCGUGCGGCUGCACCGAAAGAGAGAAACAUCAGAACCCUGUGCCGUAAUCGUCGGGCGAUUUCUCCGGCAGAAUCCACCACAUCCUCUUCCUCAGCAGCCAGUUCUCUGACACUUUGUGCAAGACCAGUGAAACACUCGGUAAGAUCAUCUGAGGUGAAACAUGACACACGAAAGAUCAAUCUCUUGGAUGAUUAUGUUCCAGUGCAGUACGCAGUUCCUAUCGAAAGUCAACACAAACAGGAGACAAAAGUUGUCCCGUCGGAGAGGAUGGCAAGACCAACAGCUCAAACGUUCAGCGAUGCGGAAUCCUCGUUUUCGAGUUGUCUAAAUCAGGAUGGAUUUACGGUAAUGAAUCCAGAUCAGCUUUUCACGCUCGCCAGUGCAUUGGACCGUCACCACAGCUCAUUGGCCAAUAGACAGCAGGCACUGCGCCAGUUGGUUCGUCUGCCAAUCAACGACGUUCAGGCAUGUGAAGCUUGGGCACCCCACAUUCUAGAACCAGAGGAGCCCGAUUCCACAACAUCCUGGAUGGAAUCAAAGGGACCACCAAAGGGAAAGACAACACAAGGGAACAGAUCUUCCAGUUUUUUCGGCAUCGCUGGACAGAGGGGAAUUGUCAGAUCGUCUAGAAGCGAUAAACCUCGUGAUAACAUGGAGUGCCGUCCCCUGAAGCAUCCUCGUGCAGGAAGUUGUUUGAGACAAGGAUUGGAAGACGCCUUGAAUGAUGAAGACGGUGUUUUGUGGUCGUUGGCCCUACGGUACGUCUGCAAAGGUCUGGAGACCUCACCGCCAAAUAUUCGGGAACCGUUUUUCUUGCUGACAACUCAUCCGACAGAAAUAAUCGUCCACUGUCUGGAAGACUUGGCUCAACUUCCUGAGUGCUGUAGUGACUUGUUUGGAGACCGGCAUUUGUCCAGUGGAGACAAGAAGGAUCCGUCCACUUUGAAAAAGAACCCGCUUGACCUGUUGUUUGCCGGUUUAAGGGCGUUAUCAGUGUACCAUCAGGGAGCUAACACCAAAAUCGGGCCAGAUGAACUGGAGUAUCACAAAUUGCAGAGUCAGCUUCGGAUAAUCCAAAGACUGGUUUCUCACCAAGCUGUACGCUGUCUUCUGCAGAGGUCCCAUUGUAGUCAGUCUGACCAUGAAGGAGGACCCUUGGCGUUGCUCAGUCGUGCCAUCACUUGGUUGGUGGAAGGGCUCACCAAUCAGGUGGACCCAAUUCACAAUUCUAGAGAAACUGGAACUGAGUUGCCAGUUCGGGUAAUUUUUAUGAUGGUGCGGAUUUUGCGAGACCUUACUACAUUGUCCUCUUCCGAGAAACUUGAUGAAUUUGAUGACUACUGUGGUUUGGUUAUUCGGACACACAAGCUACUGCUACCGGAACCGCGCCUAAUGGGCCGAAUACUAACCAACCUGACAUCUACACAAGAUGGGAUGCAAGCUUUAAUGAUGGUGGGUAUAAUCAAGUCGCUGAUUAGUGAUGUGUGGAGAGCGGUGGAAACCGGUGAAGCCUCACACUCAUCUGCGACGCACUUAAAAUGGGAUAUUCCUUCCUGUGGAUCACGUGUUCCCACAUGGUCUACUGACCCUAUCGAUCGAAUAGCCUACAAGCCGUUUGUGCGCCUAGUUCGGGCAACCUGCUCCUAUGCCGGAGUAGACGCUUUGCUGAAUGAUGCGUCGGAAAACCAGUCUACAACAUACGGUCGAAGAUUUACUCCCACUUCGUUGAAGGAGUUUUUCCAGCGCACACUCUUCAUUCCUAAUGACAAGAAUCAGUCACAGAGUCUGUACAAUUUUGAAGAAACCAUAGUGUUGGCACUAAGACUUUUGUCCUGCAUGGUUUCAGACUUGAAUGUAAUGCUUGCCCUCGAAUGUCGGUUCAGACUUAUUGAUCGAUUGUUGAAGGAACAAAGGGAUGCUGUGACUUCGAACGAAUCCGUCCACCUCGACGCGGUGACAAUCGAACGGAAUUACCUUCUGGUAAAAUGUAAUGUCAUUGGGGGGCCCGAUGAACGGAGAAUACCUCCCAGAUCCUUGUGCGAGCAUCUUUCAAACCCUUAUCCCUAUCCCAUCAUCACCAACGAAUUGGACGAGGAAACAGCAGCUCCUUUUGAUCGUCUGACGGGUCAGCAGUAUCCAAUCGCCUCCUGUGCCAAGAGUCCGUGCCACGCCUGGUACGCACACCGGUACCCUUCGAACUCAGCGUCGACAAAGUUGGACGAAUUUUCUAGCCUAAGUUUCUCGGUUUUCAACUCGAACACAUUAUUUCCAAAACCGAUUGACUCUAAGUCUGUUGCAGAAGAAUGGUAUCGAAGUUGUCUGGACAGUCUUGUUUCGACCGCAUCGACAGAGAAGCUGGCUGACAGUGAUUUUGGAGACUUUCUUGAAAACCUGUCAAAGUGUUACAAGCUGCUGCGUGAUGAAAAGACGUGCAACUUGCAGUCGCUUCCAGAAUGUUUGACUCCGGAAACUCUGAAUUCUGUCGAACUCAUCGAACAAGAUGUGCUUGGAAUAAAACUAACUGUACGCUAUGGACAGCGACUUGGCAUGCUAAAGCAUGGGAAGCCUUGGGACGUUGAAAACAGCCCACAUGUCACUACCCUAUCCAACCUACUCAAACAAGUGCAAUGGGGUCUCCAGCAAGGUAUUUCAAAGGCAAAUGUUAAUAGGGAUGUUGUUGGACCAAGCUCAAAGUCUGCUGACCCAAAAAGAGGUCACAAGGCAUUGUGUUGCCGCUUUGGAUUUGACUGGUUCACUGCGACAAUAUUUAUCGGUUUCCGAGGCGAUUCUGGUCGAUGCUGGGAAUUCCUGUCGCAGUUCGCCUCUGAUCCACGUUCCGUAUACCUCUGGCCCGUACGAGGCCAAUACCUUACUCUUCGCAAGCUAACUCGACACUUCGCUCUUCCCCCAGAUUUUUUCCCGCUGGAACAACCUAUGCUUUUGGAAUUACCUCAAUUGGAAUCAAAUUGUGGAUCGCUUGGUCAUUUGUCUUCUAAAUCCACUGUCUUAUCAUAUCUACUUCGGGGUGGCCGUUUUUCGUCACCUGAGCAAAGCGAUUUCUCAGGCCAUGGUGGAACGUCCUACGGAGCAGCAGCAUCAACCGGAACAGCUAAUUAUUUUCCUCCAGGGCCUUCACAGUAUUACGCAACUGCAGGAGCUCACGGCCCUCGAGAAAGUGAAAAUUCAACACUAGAUAAGGAUACUGCCAAUAAACAGAACGCUCCGAGUGAAACUGAAGUUGCUCUACCCUCUUCCACACCGGUCUAA